GCGGCUUUUUUGUUUUCCCAGCAAAAAUAUCUGUGAAUUUGCCAAUACAUACAGUAGAUAAGGAUACAGUCUAGAAUGUCUACCAGUUCAUUGAGUAUAGGUAGUUUCCAUGACUACUUGGAAGAAAAUGUUGAGGAAGUGAACACAACUCCCAAGAAGAGAAAGAGACAUACACCACCUUCAACCCCAGAUGGACCCCCAGCUGAUGUCGAGGAAGAUAUUGAGAAGCUCUAUAACUACAUACCUGAAGUGGAAGAAAUCUUUACUGUGUUAGAUAAAGUGGGAGAAGGUACGUUUAGUUCAGUGUAUCUAGCAAGGUUGAAAAAACACCCAGAAGUUGACCAAUACUUUGCGUUGAAGCACAUCAUCCCCACUAGUCAUCCAUCAAGGACAGAAAAUGAACUGAGAUGCUUACAACAGCUACGUGGUGUGAACAAUGUGAUAGGUGUACAGUGGUGUGUUAGACACAAGGACCAUGUGGUGAUUGUGAUGCCCUACUUUCAACAUGGUAGAUUUCAAGAUGGUGUUAAACUAUUCUCAGUAGCAGAGGUGAGAGAAUAUAUGAGGAAUCUUCUCAUAUCCUUGAAACAGGUCCACAAGUUUGAUAUCAUACACAGGGAUGUCAAACCAAGCAACUUCUUAGUGGAUAGGAAAUUGAAACGAUAUGCAUUGGUAGAUUUUGGACUGGCUCAUAAAGCCCCUGUGCAGUUGAAACCCCAAACUUCAGCUUCUAUGGUUCCCCAAAAACCUACCCAUGCCAGUAUUGUAGCUUCAUCUCCAACCAAGAGAAAGACGAGAGCUCAAACAGAAAAUUUAGGUGUCCAGGUCUCAUCAUUGAAGCGUAGCAGCUCACUGGCAGCUCCUUUAAGACUAAAUAAACUAACAGUGAAUGAAAUAAAGGCUGAUGCUUUAAAAAAUGCUACAGCUCAAGUUCGCAUAGAAAAACUCAAAAUGUCCCAGACCCCAACUCCCGAUAUCAUGAAACCAGAAUUCAGGAAGAAGAUGAAGUCUCCACGCAGGGUUCUUAUGUGUAAAAGAAUGCUUCAUGCACAGAAGAAAGAUGAGCUUAUACUGAGGAAGUUGAAUAAUAGCAGUUCAACCAGUCAUAAACCUAACCCUGCUAGGACUGCCUUGUAUGAUGCACCCACAACUUGUAAAUGCUUUGGGUUGCCUCAAGUGUGCAACAUAUGCACUGCAAGAGGUGCACAGGUGGCACCACGUGCUGGGACUCCAGGAUUUAGGGCUCCUGAGGUUUUAAUGAAGUCUCCAGACCAAACUACAGCUGUAGACAUCUGGUCAGCAGGUGUUAUGUUCUUGUCUCUCCUCAGUGGCCGCUACCCAUUCUUUCGGGCCCCAGAUGACAUGACUGCACUGGCACAAAUCAUAGCACUUAUGGGUAGUAAUCAAGUCAAAGAGGCAGCAAAACAUAUUGGUAAAGAUAUUAUAUGUCACCCUACAGUACCAGCCUUGGAUUUAAAGAUACUUUGUGAAAAACUCCGUAAUAGUACAACCCAAACUAAACCAAAGACCAAAAGUAUGGAUAAAGAGAACCCUGUGAAAUCUAAGAACUCUUGGGACAAUGUUCCACAAGAUGCUUAUGAUUUGUUAUACAAACUAUUAGACCUUAAUCCACAUACGAGAAUAACAGCAGAAUCUGCACUGGAACAUCCUUUCUUCCAUUCUUGAUGUCUGGUGUUAAAGGUUAAAGAAAUAUACAAUGUUGAUGAGGUUCUUUAAGCCACACACCAAUUGUCAGUUAUUAUCAGGACAAUACUUUUCAAUCCAAUGUAUAAAAAUCUUGUUUUUCUACAAUGACUCACAAUCUUCUCAAUUUUACAAGGCUAUGUAGGAUGUACAUCAAUGGCACUAUUAGAUUAUAUGAAAAACAUUAGAACGUAUAAAGGUGAAUGUCAAACCAUAAAACCAUUUGUGUGUCUUAGUAUAAUGUAAGUGGUACUUGCUGAAGCAUGAUUUAAUUCAUUUACCUAUGUUAUUCUACCUGUUAGUAGUAUUAUAUUGUUAUCUAGAGUGAGUAAUGUAUUUUUCUUGCAUAUAGAGUUUCAAAAAAGUCUCAAAUCAAGUCCCUGUCAUCCCUCUCUACCCGGAAUGUGCCUGGGAGAGAGAUAAGGGAGUACAAGGUCUUGAUCAAACCAAGGGACGAAAUAUAUAAUUACUAUUUUAGUGAAAUUCAUCUUCAAUGUAUUUCAUAGAAACAUAUUUUU